GCGGACUCGUGUCAUCCUACACUUGAUGGAUACUAAAAUUGGUUCACUGGACGUUGUCGCCGUCCCAAACAGCGACGUCUGCUGUCCUCCGCCACACGGUGGCCUUUCCGCCCUUCAGACUUCCACCGUUCCUUUCAACUUCUCCGAGGCUACUCUCGGCCGACACCUGGCUCGCCGCCUUGUCCAGAUCGGUAUCUCUGAUGUCUUUUCUGUACCCGGUGACUUCAACCUCACUUUGCUUGACCACCUCAUCGCUGAGCCUGGGCUUAACCUCGUCGGUUGCUGCAACGAGCUCAACGCUGGAUACGCAGCUGAUGGAUACGCUAGGUCCCGCGGCGUUGGAGCAUGCGUUGUCACCUUCACCGUCGGCGGUCUGAGUGUCAUCAACGCUAUUGCCGGAGCUUACAGUGAGAAUUUACCGCUGAUUUGUAUAGUCGGUGGACCGAAUUCGAAUGAUUAUGGUACUAAUAGGAUUCUUCAUCAUACGAUCGGGUUGCCGGACUUCAGCCAAGAGCUUCGUUGCUUUCAGACCGUCACUUGCUAUCAGGCUGUGGUUAACAACUUGGAAGAUGCACAUGAACUGAUCGAUACUGCGAUUUCAACUGCGUUAAAAGAAAGCAAGCCGGUUUAUAUCAGCAUCAGUUGCAAUUUGCCUGCCAUUCCUCAUCCUACUUUUAGCCGGGAACCAGUUCCGUUUUCUCUCUCGCCCAAGUUGAGUAACCUGAUGGGUUUGGAAGCAGCUGUUGAUGCAGCAGCAGAGUUCUUGAACAAGGCAGUGAAGCCUGUGAUGGUUGCUGGCCCUAAAAUGCGUGUGGCCAAGGCGAGCGGUGCGUUUGUCGAAUUGGCUGAUGCAUGUGGUUAUGCGGUAGCUGUGAUGCCAUCAGCAAAAGGGCUAGUUCCAGAGCACCAUUCCCAUUUUAUUGGCACAUACUGGGGUGCUGUAAGCACAGCUUUUUGUGCAGAAAUUGUUGAAUCUGCUGAUGCUUACUUAUUUGCUGGACCUAUAUUCAAUGAUUACAGUUCUGUGGGUUACUCUCUCCUUCUCAAGAAAGAGAAGACAAUAAUCGUGCUUCCUGAUCGAGUAAUGAUUGGUAACGGGCCAACUUUUGGUUGUGUGUUGAUGAAGGAUUUCUUGCAAGGUUUGGCAAAGAGGCUUACUAAGAACACGACCGCCUAUGAGAAUUAUCAUCGGAUCUAUGUGCCAGAUGGGAGUCCUCUCAAAUGCGAGCCUAAGGAGCCGUUGAGGGUUAACAUUCUGUUUCAGCACAUACAGAAAAUGUUGUCAGGUGAUACUGCUGUCAUUGCUGAAACUGGGGAUUCCUGGUUCAAUUGCCAGAAGCUAAAAUUACCAAUCGGAUGCGGGUAUGAGUUCCAGAUGCAAUACGGAUCGAUUGGGUGGUCAGUGGGUGCAACACUUGGGUAUGCACAAGCCGCAACCAACAAACGGGUAAUUGCUUGCAUUGGUGAUGGCAGCUUUCAGGUUACAGCUCAAGAUGUGUCGACAAUGCUGCGGUGUGGACAAAACACCAUCAUCUUCUUGAUAAACAAUGGUGGUUACACCAUUGAAGUAGAGAUCCAUGACGGGCCAUACAAUGUGAUCAAGAAUUGGAACUACACUGCUCUCAUUGAUGCAAUCCACAAUGGUGAGGGCAAGUGUUGGACAAGCAAGGUGUUUUGUGAAGAGGAGCUUGUUGAAGCAAUUGCUACGGCAACAGGAGCAAAGAAGGAUUGUUUGUGCUUCAUUGAAGUGAUAGUUCACAAGGACGAUACGAGCAAAGAAUUGCUUGAAUGGGGGUCAAGAGUAUCGGCUGCCAACAGCCGUCCACCGAACCCACAGUAAAAAACAACAUUUUCACGGCCAUGAGAAGUAUGUUUUUGCAAGCAACUUUACGAGGAGACUAGUGUUAUCUGUGUUUAUAUUUGGUAGGUUCGGUUUAUGAAAUCUAUAAUAUCUGUGAGAUAUCAAUCGAUAUUUCAAACUUGGUAUGCUUGUUUUGGUAAUGGUUGUGUUCAUGAGUAUUCAUAUUUAAGAUUUCAUAAGAAUUCCGC